GUUUGAACUGAGACAAGUGUGAAAUGGAGCCUGUUGAGUGUCGAGCAGUGAUCCGGUUUUUGUAUUUAAAAGGACGCACACCACAGGAGACUUUUGAUGUAAUGAAAGUAACUUAUGGGGAUGAUGCCCCACCAUAUGACCUUGUGAAACGCUGGCAUCAUGAAUUCAAACAUGGUCGGAACUCUGUGGAAACAGCUCCCAGAUCUAGUCGUCCCCCUUCUGCCAUUAAUGAGGCAUCUGUCCAUCAAGUUGAGGCUGCCAUUUUGGAAGAUCGACGCAUAACUAUUCGCCAAAUAGCCCAUGAGCUCAAGACUAGUACCAGGUCAAAAGAAGAUAACAAAGAGACUGAAGAGCGAAAGAGAACCUUCUCUGACCGACAAAAAUCCUUGGAAGAGAAGAAAGCUCAGCAGCUGAAAGAGGAAGCUGAGAGAAACAAAAUUGAAGAAGAGAGGCGAAUCAAAAGAGAGGCAAAACGAAAAGAAAAGAAGGAUCGUGAAAGGCGAGAGUCUAUGCAGUUUCAAAAAAUUGAGGAACAGAGAAAUGAAGUCAGUUACUAUGGACCUAACUUUUCAGUACAUCCUGCAUUAACUAGCCCAAAUAUUCAUCCAUCCAGAACAAGCAAUUUAUCUGUUUUAUCAGAUAAAUCCAGUAUGAAGCCUUCGCCGAUUAUGAAGCCAGAUUAUGAUGUCUUUUCUGAAGGAAUGACUCCAGAACGCAUUAUCGGUGCCACUGACGAGUUAGGUGAGCUCUGCUUCCUUGUGAAGUGGAAAGAUACCGACGAAGCCGAUUUCGUUCCAGCCAAGAAAGCCAAACUGCACUGUCCCCAGUUAGUGAUCAGAUUCUACGAAGGUAUCAUCGCUUGGAAAUAAAUUAAAAGAGAAAGGGGAAAACAAAAAAAUGUAUAAAAACGUGGAAAAAAAAAUUUUACUCUACAACACAUACAAUCUGUCACGUACAGUACAAGCAUGUGUGGUCAGUUGUUGGUGUUAGGAACCACAGCAACUACAGGCAUUGCCCAAUUAUCAAGGAACUGUGUAUUACAAUGAUGGAGGAAGUGGAAGAGGAGGAGGCAACAGGCAGCUGUUGGUGAAGCUGACAAUGGUGAUGAUGAUGAUGAUGAUGAUGUUGUUAGCUAGCUAGCUAGCUAGCUUAUAGCCAAGUGGAAAUCCUCCAUAUAGAGAGACUUUUAUUUUUUUUUUUCCCCUGCCGCCUGCUAGCUGGCUGUCAAACAUUUUAUCACAAACCACAGACUUAUAUGAACUUUGACUGGACAGACUCUUUAAGGUUCCAAAAAUCCAUUAAGAAGAAAAAAAAAUUCAAAAAAUCUGUUAAACAACUUUUUUCUCAUUGACCUUUAUAAUUUUUUUUUUUUAUAUAUAUACACUAAUAUUAAAUAAUAGUGAAUAGUUUUGCUGGAAGUUCCAAAACCAAAUACCAGCGGCAGAAGCUAAAUGGCUGAAUUUUUACAUUUUUUUUUUUCUCUCACUUUCAUUCAGUCACUUUGAUUCCCAUCAUCUUUAUUUUUAAUGAAUGAAUUAAUUAAUCAAUUAAGUACUAUUGUAUUAAACCUUCCUCUCUGUAACUCUCUCUCUCUCUUUAGCUCUCCCUUUUUUUUUUUUUUUUUAAUAUAUAUAAAUAUAUAUCUGUCUUUCUCUUCCCGUUUAGAUUAAGUGUCCGUAUGUCGUAAUGUACUGAUUUUGAUUUUUAAAAGUUUUCCAGUGUUGUCACCUCUCCAUCUACCCAUCACAGGUCCAGGUGGGUUCCUGGUAUUCUUAUAGCAUUUGGUUCACUUAAUAAGACAUUUGGCAGCUAGCUGUUCUUCCAUUGCUACUGCUCAUGAUGGUCACUAACAUCACAUGACUUCAUCUUCCUCAUCAUCAUUGUCAUCAUCACCAUCAUCAUUAUUAUUAUUAUUAUUACACAGAUCUGUGGUGGUAGCUUUGUUAAAUAUCACAAAACUCAUACAUUUUUCAAUCUUUCUUCCAGUCUUUUUUUUCUUUUUCCCAAGUUCUUAGAUUAAUUAUUAUUGACGGCGGCAAGCUGGCAGAAUCAUUGGCACACUGGACGAAAUGCAUUUCGUCCGUUGCUAGGUUCUUAGUUCAAAUUCCACUAAGGUUGACUUUACCUUUCAUCCUUUGAUAAAAUAAGUACCAGUUACGCACUGGGGUUUAUGUAAUCAACUCAUCCCCUCCCCCAAAAUUGAAACCAUUAUUAUUAUUAUUAUUAUCAUUAAUAAGGUGAUGAGGUGGCAGAAGCAUUAACGUGCUGGACAAAAUGCUUAUGGUAUUUCGCCCAUCACUAUGUUCUUUCUGAGUUCAAAUUCCACCGAGGUCGACUUUGCCUUUCAUCCUUUCAGGGUUGAUAAAAUAAGUACCAGUUGAACACUGGGGUCGCUGUAAUCGACUCAUUCCCUUCCCCAAUGCCCUUGUGGAAAAAAUUUGAAACCAUUAUUAUUAUCAUUAAUAAUUUUAUUUUCAUUUCCCAUUCUGUAUUUUGGCUUUAAUUUCAGAAUUUUGCUUCAGUUUUUACACAUUUUUUCCCCUUCCUUGCUUGGUCUUAUUGUAAGUUGUCCUUUCAAUCCUACCCUGUUUUGAAAACAAACCUCUCUCCUGUUCAUUAGUUAUGGAAUCCUUCUUUCCCUAAUCUCAUUCAUCAACAGUUAGUGGACCCCUCCCUCAUCCCGCAACAUCCCACCUGUUGUCGCCAUCAUCUCCUGUUCCUGUCUUCACUACUACUACUACUCAUUUAUCUUUUCAUUGUCAGAUCUGCUGUUUAUGUUGUAAUUUUGCUCUCACGGCCCUGCUGUAUAUUUAGGACGGCUGUGACAAAGCUCUUCAAUUAUUUUCCCCUGCCAAUAAAAAAAAAAGUCUCUCUUUCUCUCUCUCUCUCUCUCUCAUGCUCUCUCUCUUUUCAUCUAAGUCUCUUUUAAACUUUGGAGGAAGUAGAUCAAUCAUUUUAAAUCAGUGAGAGGAAUGGGAUGCCAGCCACUACGUUGGAUGGACAGGAUUUUUCUUUUUGUUUUUGACUUUUAGAAAUAUUUGAAUUUUUAAAAUGUAACUUUUUUGUGUGUGUUUAAUGUACGGUAGGUGUGUAUGUCAACAAAGGAGGUGCCACAUGUUCUUAGCAUUAAAACAGCAAUCUGUAAAUAUUUCCUUUAUUUUUGUGAUGUCAUAGCCUGUUGUCCAUAAAAGAUGUCUACAUUAAA